UAUCGGGCUGGCUCCGAAAUGGGCUCGAAAUGGCUUGUCCCACGAGAGCCUCGGCGUUUGGAUUUGGUCUUGGAGCGGCAAUGUGUACUGCGCAGAAAAGGCCAUUUUCAUCUGAUGAUGCAAGAGAAGCCGCGAUUACGAUGGGCGAACUGCUCUUCACCUUGCUGCUAGUGAAGGUCAUACUGCAGCUGUGAAGCUGUUACUGGAGUAUGGCCCCAGUGUGAAUCCUUGCGGUCGCUUUAAUGAAACACCAUUGGCAAAUGCGCAAAGAUAUCGACACAAAGACAUAUGCGAUUUGCUAGAAGUGAACGGCGGUUUUACAAAGCCAUAAAGUACACUUUCAACGUAUGAAAUUGAUCCUGCGGAACUGUGCAUGGAGAAAGGCCGAUCUAUUGGCAAGGGUGCAUUUGGGGAGAUCAAAAUUUUUAAAUGGCGUGGAACUGCCGUGGCAGCAAAAAGCUUAUUGAGUCAUUUAACAUCAGACCAAAAAAUAGUGAAGGAAUUUGUUGAUGAGCUGGCUCUCCUUUCAAGGCUUCGUCAUCCAAACGUCAUGCAGUUCCUUGGUGCUGUAUCUAAGAGUCAACCCUUUGUCAUAGUAACUGAGUAUCUUCCAAAGGGAGAUUUACAUGAUUAUCUUGACCGGAAUGGAAAACUUGAUGCUCUGACUGCUGUGAAGUUUGCCCUCGACAUUGCCAAGGGAAUGAAUUAUCUUCACAAGCAUAAACCCGAUCCUAUAGUGCAUCGUGAUUUGAAACCAAGGAAUUUGUUGGUACAUGAAGCAGGGUAUCUGAAAGUGGCGGAUUUUGGACUUGGCAAGCUUCUGGAUGUCUCUGAGGCUACGCAGCAGUAUUUGAUGACGGGAGAGACUGGAUCUUAUCGGUACAUGGCUCCAGAGGUGUUUCUGCACAAGGCUUAUGACAAGAGUGUUGAUGUAUUCUCUUUUGCUGUCAUUGUUCACGAGUUGUUCGAAGUGGUCCAUAUUCGAAGUUUCAAGGGUCCAAGGACAUUGCUCAUUUCAGAGCUAAAGAAGGAAAGAGGCCAACUUUCUCUGCAAACACGUAUCCUCCAAAGAUGAAAGAUUUGCUGAAUGAGUGUUGGCAUCAGGACCCCACAAAGCGACCUAGCUUUUCAACCUUAAUCGUGCAUCUGGAGGAUAUCCUCCACCAAAUUCAGCACAAGAAAGUGGAUGGAUCGUUUAGGCUGUUCACCUGCAUAAGGCCUACCCCUUCGGAUCCUAACAGCCCGGUUAUUGCAAUCCCUCGUUCAGAGAGUGGUGAUGAGAAAUCACUUUCUAGAUAGGUAAAUACCUCAGCAUUCACGGCCUAACGGCUUUAUUUUUAUCACGAGAUUAGUUUGUUUGCUUGAAAGGUUUUCAGAUUGUGCAGAGGGAUUUAGAGGAGAUGACCUGAAACAGUGUUGAUGUAUUAGGUAACUUCCUCGGUCAGUGUUCUGUAAGACAAUCUGUAUGAAAGGAUGACCGUACUUAAACUUUCUGGGAAAUUGAAGUUGUUGGAGUGGCUUUUGCCUCAAAACAUAAAAUUGUGUGCGAAGGGUUUGCUGGGAGGGGAGGAGAAAUGUCAUUUUGAUAUCUUCAAUUUUAUGUGUUCAAAUUUUAUAGACCAA